AUGCUGAAGAGUUGCAGAAGGCCUGAAAUCAGAAACCUCCUGAACUUCAUAGAGCUACCAUCGACUAAGAAAAGUAUUGGAACAUCCAUCCAUCAGACCACUGGUGCACCAUUAUCUCUUCCCUUGAAACUUGGUACACUUCUACAACCAGUGGUCUGGGAUGAUGAUGAUAUCUACAUCAAAAUUACAACAGUUUUGCCUGAUAGUCACUUGCUGGCUUGCGGGACUCUUCUCUUGCUUGGUCAACAGGAGGAAAAACCCAUCCUGCUGCUGUGGAUGUGGCCUAUGGACAAGCGGUGGGACUUUAAAGACUGUAAAACCAUGUACAACAUUGACGGCUGCCAAUUGACCGAUGACAGAAACCUUUAUAACCAAUCAGACGCAGUCCUCGUUUUCCACAAAGGUAUCAAAUGGGACCUGUCCAACCUUCCGCCGUCUCCUCGGCCUCCGUUUCAAAAAUGGAUCUGGCUUCACGUCGAAUCGCCGACCAAUACGGCGAGGAUUCCUGGUUUGGAGAAGCUUUUCAACCUCACACUGAGCUACAGACAGGAUGCCGACAUUUCUGUGAGGUAUGACCUCAUGGUCAGCAAGAAGCCAAACAAUGACUUUGUGAUCCCAAAGAAGGACAAGCUCCUGUGUUGGUUCGUGUCCAACAUGGCCACCAGUACUGGAGUAGGGACCAGGAUGAAGUACUACAAUGAGUUAAAGAACCACAUCAAUGUGACUAUUUUUGGAGGAAUGGUUGGCAAACGCUUGAAAGAUGAAGACUACUACUCCACGAUGGCUAGCUGUAAGUUCUACCUCUCUUUUGAGAACUCCAUCCACAUAGACUACAUCACGGAGAAAAUAAAUGGUCCUCUUUCAGCUGGGACAGUUCCGGUUGUCUUGGGGCCACCGAGAGAAAAUUAUGAUCAGUUUACACCGAGUAAUGCCUUCAUUCACAUCAGCGACUUCCCUGAUGCUGCAUCACUGGCUAAAUAUCUGCUUCAGCUGGACAAAGACGAUGAAGCGUACAAGCGCUAUUUUGACUGGAGAAAACACGUAACAGCGACACCCCAUCUAAUCUUUCCUUAUCAAGAGUUCAUCAUAUACAUCUGUCAUGCCUGUGAAUAUAUUGGAAGGUACAAAGACUAUAGAGCUGCAAAAGACCUCUACAAGUGGUGGUUUUCAUAAAGAGGAACUCUGGACGAGUGCAUUUGCCAAUCGGUGUAAAGCUAUAUAAAAAUUCAGAUCUUUAUGAGCAGAAAAAUGCACAGAACAUUAAGUGAUUUGAUUUGUUGGCUCAAGUGGCUAAUAAGAUAAAAGCUGUAGUAACAAACAGUGGGAAUUUUUUUCACUCAUAAGCCUAUAACUACGUUACGAUACUCGUGAAAAUCCAUGGAGCAAUACGCGAGAACCUGCAGGAAGUCUGAUUGUGCGAGAGAACCAUUGAAAGGAAAUAUAACAAUGCCUACAGUAGAAUGAAUGCUUGGAAUGUAUUUUGCAGUAGUGUUUUAUGUCCAGUCAAAAUGUAUAAAAUGUUUAUUAUCUGACAUGUUGGGGUUGGAACUUUCCUGUUCUUCUUGUUUAUUUUUUCUGGUAAAUACUGAACAUGAUUCACAACUAAAAUGUUUUGUUGUGUUUGUACGUAAAGGUUUAAGUAUAAAAGUCUUGUUUAUUCAAGUCAGUUUAAACAAUGGAAAUUUUGUCUCAAAGCAGAUUUACAAGAAUAAAUAUAUUCAGAAUAAAAAGCUGAACGUUGAAAUGUAUACUUAUCGCUAAUGAGCUAAACAGAGGCAACAUCUACUCUUGUCUAUCGUCUGGCAGGAGAAGUGAAUCAAAAGAAAGGUCAUAGUACUUCAUGAUACAGACAGGAGUAAAAAGAAGAGUAUCAGAGAAGCGAUGGUUUUCCUGCUUUUUUGCACAAAGCAGGAAAACUAGUUGUUCGACUUGAAUAAAAAAACAUAGAAACAACAUUAUAAACAAAUAAUGUUUUUUUUAAAUCUUACCUCAGGUCCUGUUCUUGACUCAGUUUCAUGUUUUUUUUCUGUUUAAAACAACACAAGAGAUCACAAGAUCACUGACAGACAAACAAACCAUAGUGAAAAAUUUGGAAUUUAUUAGAGUCUCUAUUUAUUAACAGAAUUAAAUUUACCAGUCUUUGAAUCUCA